AUGUCUAACAACACAAGUCACACUAUUCAUCGUCUCAAUGAAAUCACUACUAAUAUCUAUCGAUUUACUUUUCCUCCUUUGAUCAUUUUUGGUCUUAUUGGUCAUAUACUUGAUAUAAUUAUAUUUACUCGACCGAAUCUCAUUUCAAAUUCAUGUUGUAAUUAUUUUCUUACAUCAUCAUGUGUUUCUAUUAUACAAAUUGUAUUUGGUCAAUUAUUUCGUUUCUUAAAAGGUGGUUAUCAUAUACCAAUACCAGUUCUUUGGUGGUGUCGAGCACGUGUAUUUUCCUUAUAUUCGACUCACUUGGCAUCAACAACUCUAAUGACACUUGCCUCUGCCGAUCGCUAUGCAUCAUCGUUUUAUCAAGUAAAAUAUCGUCGAUUGGCGAAUGUUAAAAUUGCACGACGUUUGAUUCCAAUUGUUUUAAUCAUUUCAGGUCUUUGUCGGUCGCAUAUGUUAGCUUUUUUUGUUCUUGAUAAAGAUGAAGAAGACGAGUGUUGGGCUCCAAGAGCAACUCAUUAUCGAUUAAGUUUUGAUACUGUUUUUCUUAUUGUUCAUGGAAUAAUCUUUCCUGUACUAAUGGGUAUAUUCGGUUCUCUUACAGUAUACAAUAUGCGUCAACGACAAAGAUCUGAACAACAAACUGGAGUGUCAAAUUUGAGACUACAUCGUAUUCGAGAUUUUCAACGCAUGACACUUGUUCAAACAGCUUGGGCCAUUGCGUUAACUCUCCCAUUUGGUAUUCAUAAAUUACAUCGAACAAUAACACAUUCUGAUUUGAAAACUCCAGAAAAAUUAGCAUGGGAACGAUUGAGUAUGUCUAUAGUACGAUUACUAUGGUUUUUUCAUGAUAGUGCUGCAUUUUAUAUAUAUUCACUUUCAUCUGUUAAAUUUCGUCAUGAAUUACUGAAAUUUCUGGAUGAACAUCUACCUCGAAGAAUAUACGGAACUCAAAGGACAAAAAAAGUUUUUGAAAUAUUAUCUAUUGAAUAG